AAAGAAGAAAAAAACAGAAUCAAAAUGAAAUCAACCCUGCCGAUGAUGGCAGGGCUGUUGCUGCUGUUGUCACUGUGCGUAUUUGUGCAGCAUGUGCAGCCCCUAUCGAUUGACCCCGUUGCUUCAACUGAGCUGGAGGAAUACAUUAAGGAUGAUUUCCUAAUAUCGCUUCGACAUAUUAGACCACGUCGAAAGUUUCGAAUCACAAUUGAGGCCCUGUUUAUGAUCGAUUUCCCCGAAUCGAAAAACAAAUUCUCCUUCUACCUCGAUCGCAAAAAUAAACGCGUGACCAUCGAUAUCACCACCCACUCGAAGGUGUACUCGAAGAAUCUAAUCCUGAACGAUCUGAACGAAUCAACAACGAUCAAAUCGCUAGCAUUCGCGUUCCACCAGAGUGCGAUCACCGUUUACAUGAACUGUAAACAGUCGUCCACCGAGGAGCUGGACGUGAAUCUGUCCAAGCUUUUUGCCAGCAGCGAUGAACCGACCGUCAAACUGUUCCGUGAGCGAAAGUAUCCCCUGUUUUUGGAUUCCGAGCUGGAGAAGGCGCUGAGCCGGGCCAGCUGUCAGAAGAUUUUGCGCCGCAACGGUAAUCACAUUCACUCGCGUCAGAAGCAGACGGUGGAAAAGAUGCUGAAGAAUAAAGCCCAAGGUGAGGUUAUUCCAGAGCGCAACAAGAAGCGUGACAUCCGCAACUGGCAUCAUACGUCCGAAAAGUACAAGGAAGCGUACCAUACGGAUUUCUCUGCUAACCGUGGCGAUAUUCCAAUCAUUCAUGGUGAUUGCGAUGAGAACAUUCUGAAGCUUUUGGGUGAACUGUUGAAGCUGGUCAAGGAACUAAAAGAAGAGGUUAAAGGACAACGGCAUGAGAUAAACUAUCUGCGAGGUUUGAUCGAAAACUGUGCCGGCUGUCAGCAGGCCCAACCGUUGCGCGAAAACUGCCAGUACAGUAAUCCAUGCUUCCCAGGCGUACAGUGCUAUGAUUCAUCUACCGGCAUGCGUUGUGGACACUGCCCGCGAGGGUACGUUGGCGAUGGCCGCAACUGUCGUCCGGGUCAAACCUGUGCGGACCAGCCCUGCUUUAAUGGUGUCCAGUGCUAUGACACGGUCGAGGGUGCACAGUGCGGUCCCUGCCCGGCAGGAUACGAGGGCGACGGUAAGCACUGCCGGUUUCGGGACGCCUGCGAAGACAAGCCGUGUGCGCCAGGUGUACAUUGCAGUAGAUUAGAUCAGCAGCCGUUCUACCGCUGCGGUGCCUGUCCGGCCGGUUUCACUGGCAACGGUACUGCCUGUCAUGAUUUGGAUGAGUGUGACCUUGUGGAACCGUGUGAUGUGCGAGUACGAUGCACCAACACCGUGCCCGGUUUUCGAUGCGAUCCUUGUCCAGGUGGCUAUGUAGGUAUACACUAUGAGGGUCUUACGGCCAGUUCCUUCGAUGGGUCGAUGCAACGGCAACGGUGUACCGAUCGGAACGAGUGUGCGGACGGUUCGGCACGGUGUGGAGCCAACAUGGUGUGUCACAACACGGAAGGAUCCUAUGACUGUCAGUGUAAGCCCGGAUUCAUCCGUAACUCAUCGCACGAGUGUUUACCAUCGGAUCGGAUGUGUCUGGAUGGGACAAUCUGCGAUACGAAUGCUGUGUGCAAGCAUGCCGGAAACAACAAGUACAGGUGCAAGUGUAAGGUAGGAUGGGCAGGUGAUGGGUUCCUAUGCGGUUCCGAUAAGGAUCUUGACGGUUGGCCCGACACGAAUCUGCUGUGCAGCGAUGAGAAAUGUCGUGCGGACAACUGUGUCAACAUUCCCAACUCUGGUCAAGAAGAUGCGGAUCGUGAUGGCAUUGGAGAUGCCUGUGAUCCCGAUGCGGAUAACGAUGGAAUUCUGAAUAAUCCGGACAAUUGCCCCUUGGUACACAAUCCGGACCAAUUGGAUAGUGAUGUAGAUGGAGGUGACAAGCAGGGAGAUGCAUGCGACAACUGUCCCACUGUAUCAAACGUUGAUCAGAACGAUGUUGAUAAGGAUGGGUUGGGUGAUGCCUGUGAUCCCGAUAUCGAUAACGAUGGUAUCCGUAACGAAGAUGACAACUGCCCGAAGGUGUCCAACUUCAAUCAGCUCGAUACGGAUGGCGAUCGGGUCGGUGAUGUUUGUGAUAAUUGUCCACUGAUACCUAACCCCAACCAGCACGAUUCCGACAAUGAUCUUAUCGGCGAUGCUUGCGACAGUGAUGUCGAUCGCGAUCGGGACGGUAUCCAGGAUAGUCGAGACAAUUGUCCGAAGCUGCCCAACUCCGAUCAGCUUGAUUCGGACGGUGAUGGUCGGGGAGAUUUAUGCGAUACGGAUGCCGAUAAUGAUGGCAUUCUGAACCACGAAGAUAACUGUCCGAUUGUGUUCAAUCCCGACCAAACUGAUGCUAAUAAUGAUGGAAUCGGUGACAUCUGUGAGGAAGAUUUCGAUUUGGAUCUCAUCCCCAACUAUCUCGAUAACUGUCCGAACAAUUCCAAAAUCUUCUCCACCGAUUUCCGUACCUAUCAAACGGUUGUGCUCGAUCCGGAGGGUGAUUCGCAGAUCGAUCCGAACUGGGUGAUCUACAAUAAGGGGGCUGAAAUUGUGCAAACACAAAACAGUGAUCCUGGGUUGGCUGUUGGCUACGACGCAUUCGGUGGAGUCGAUUUCGAAGGUACCUUCUUUGUGGAUACGGAGAUCGAUGACGAUUACGUCGGGUUCAUCUUCAGCUACCAGGACAAUCACAAAUUCUACGCCGUCAUGUGGAAGAAAAACAUUCAAACGUACUGGCAGGCGACACCGUUCCGGGCGUCCGCCGAACCAGGCAUCCAGCUGAAGCUUAUCAACAGCAACACGGGACCGGGUGAGAUGUUGCGCAACAGUCUGUGGCAUACCGGGGACACCAAGGAUCAGGUGAAGCUGCUCUGGAAGGAUCCUCGCAACGUAGGAUGGACGGAGCGUACCGCUUAUCGUUGGUUGUUGCUGCACAGGCCGAAGAUUGGAUUGAUCCGUUUGCGCAUCUUCGACGGGGAUCAGAUGGUGGCCGAUUCGGGCAACAUAUUUGACACCACGCUCAAGGGUGGUCGUCUGGGAGUGUUCUGCUUCUCGCAGGAGAUGAUCAUUUGGUCCGAUUUGGUGUAUCGAUGCAAUGACAACGUUCCGGAAGCGAUCUACCGUGAACUGCCUCCACGUUUGCAGCGCGAAGUUCAGGUGGAUCAUCGAGCAUAAAAUGGCACUUCGGUUAAACCUCGGCAAAGCUAAUCGUAGUAGUACAACUAAAUCUAGCGCUUAAAAUAUAUAAUUUACAAAUCUGCUUCGUAUAAUCAGGUUGCCUCUACUUACUACUCUCCAUUUCCUUUGUUGCUACCUCAGUUCAA